CGCGUUUCCUGUUGCCAGACGGCCAGCCUAUAAUGAUCUGACACUGGCCACCAUCAGGGGAUCUCACCUCGCAGGAUUUUCGCCCUCCGAGGGCUAGAUGAGCGAGGGAUGUUGGCGGAGAGCUAUCUCGUGUCCGUAUCCGGGCCUCCGCUGGCCAACAACACCGCCAUCCCCAAGGACGCCGGCAUCUACGAGCUCACGCUCCAUCCGAGCUACGCCACCACGAACACCUUCAAGCGAAGCACCGCCCCGCGCAACUGCCUAGCCGCCAGCGACACCCACAUAUUCGCUGCCCAGGAUGAGAAGUCGACCGUCCACGUCUACUCGAGGAGCAAGGGCAGCCAGGAAGCUCUGGUUACCUUCCCGGAGCGCAUCAGUAGCGUCGCUCUAUUGGGCGACGUGCUUUUCCUAGGAUCGCAGGAGGGGAGAGUGAUCGUAUGGGAGAUCUGCACCGGUAGGCAGGCCACCACGCCCGCGUGCCAUGUCCAGGCAGUCACCUGCAUGGCCGUCACACCCUAUCACCUCGUCACCGGAUCCGAGGAUUCCAAUCUUCAUGUCUGGUCUGUCCCCCGCCUGCUGGAACUCGACUCGACGAUCGAGCACGAGCCGAUGCAGACGCUUUCAAACCAUAGAGCUGCUGUCACGUCGCUAGCUGUAGGCCACAGCGUAAACCCUGACACCAACAUCUGCGUGUCGGGGAGCAGAGAUAAGUCCUGCGUCGUCUGGAAUUAUCAGUUGGGUGUAGCUUUGCGGACGUUACUGUUCCCUAGCUUCCCUCUCUGCCUGUGUCUCGACCCGUGCGCGCGCGCUAUUUAUGUCUCGUCCGAUGACGGAUCGCUCUACGCAAUUGAGCUGUUCGCCGAAAAGGCAUUGCUGGGCCCUCUGAGCGUCGAGGAUAGCUCUAUGGCCGUCCAGGUUUCCUCCGCCUUCGGUGCCACGCCCCGCCAGGCAGGUCCAGCAUCAUGCAUGGCCGUGAAUUACGAUGGUACGAUACUGAUAUCUGGCCACCCACAAGGCCAGGUCCUCCGAUGGGACCUUAGCAGUCGUGCAGACUCCACCGAGCUAACCAAUCUCAACGCCUCUAUCACCAACGUCGUCUUCAUCUCGCCACUUCCUGCCCCGCGCCCUACUAGGCCUGUCACGGUUAUCAAACCGUUUCUCGGGAGCCGAACCUACAACUUUACGUCUCAGCUCGAUUCUGAACUCGCAGGCGAAGACACGAGGUUUAGCAGGAUGCUUAGCUCGAAAGGCUUUCCGAGCGAUGUGCUGGAACAGGCCAUUAUCGCCUUCCAGACGCCGGCCGAAGACCCCGUCGGAGACCAGGAACUGCGGAAAGAGAACGAGGAGCUAUGGGAGGUCGUAAAUGAGCAACGGGCACUCCAGAAGAGGACCCUGCAGCGCUAUCUAGAGGCCAGAUCCUCCAACGCCUGAAAACUGCCGAUCUUACCUCCCCUCGCCAAUUUACCUACGAGACGAAGGCACGAUUAUACACCUGCGGACAUUUCCUACCGAGUUCUCAUCUCCUGCAGCAAAGCCAGUGCGAAAAGGAAAACCCUGGUAAUAUAGACGGCACUCUCACAUCAUUGGUAUCUCACGAUACGUAAAUUACGAAUCUAGGUGAAACCCUCAACGC